AUGGCACAGCCACAUCAAGCCAACAACGCCCCACGCGCGAGCCCUGGCCUAACUACAUUGAAUGCCGCGGCGGGGGUCAAGAGAAAGAGAACCACGGAGCGGAAAUUCUACGCGGUCAGACAAGGCAAGACGCCGGGGAUAUACGAGACAUGGCCGGAUUGCUUGAGCCAAGUCAAGGGACACAAGGGGGCAGUCUUCAAAGCAUUUCAGUCCCUUCACGAGGCUCAAGCUUUCAUGGAUGGGAAAUCCCUCGCAACCUCCAACGGCUCCGGAGACCAGAAAUUCUACGCCGUUCAGAAUGGACGGGUACCCGGCGUCUACACCGAGUGGACUCAGGCCCAGGCUCAGAUUCGCGGCAUCAAGAAACCGAGACACAAGAAAUUCAAUACUCGGGCAGAGGCGGAGGCGUUUGUCGCGGCAGGCACAACGGCCAAUGGCGUCGAUCCCCUGGACCAUAUCACACCCGAAGAAGAGAUACGGCGGUUGAUUGUGCAAAACUCUGCACCUGGUCUCCAGGUGAAUGGAGCCCCUCUCCUUACAGACAAGGACGGAAACUCUUACAAGCCCGGUCAUGGGCCACUGCCGCCCGGGGCCGAGGAUGGAUAUGAUCCCAACAUCAAAUUGGCAUCCGACGGUACGAUUGUCGAGCGCACGGAAGAGGAGAAAAGCAAGACUAAGAUGAUGACCAAAGUCCCCGAUCCACCAGGCAUGCUUCGAAUCUUCACCGACGGAUCAAGUCUCAGCAAUGGUCAAGCGGGAGCCAGGGCAGGAGUGGGAGUCUAUUUCGGACCCCAAGAUCCAAAGUAUGCCAACUCUCCAUCCAAAGUCGUAUUCAAGUCCAAGCCCAAGCCCAUUCGUUACAUUGCCUCCAAGAAGCUUCAGCCGCUGUAUACCAUGGAUUGGGCUGUACGGCAACGAGGCUAUGACGACGGAUCGAAGAGGGACCGACUCCGUGGCGAGGACGACGAUGACACCGAAGAAGAAAAAGAAAAGCUAACGAAUUGGCGUUAUAGAAAUGUCUCCGAGGCACUCAAGGGCAGCAAGCAGACCAACCAGCGCGCCGAGCUGACCGCCAUCUUACGAGCACUGGACAUUGCGCCCAGGCACAGAGAAGUUACCAUCUACACCGACAGCAAGUAUGCUAUUGACUGUGUCACGAACUGGUAUCGUAACUGGGUGAAGAAUGGCUGGGUGAAUUCCAAGGGGAAACCGGUGGAGAACAAAGACCUUGUGGCCGACAUUCGAGAGAGAAUCGAGGAGCGGGAGCAGCUCGCCAAAGUCACAUACUUCGUUUGGGUGAAAGGCCACGCCCAGAAUGCGGGUAACAUCGCAGCCGAUCGUCUGGCAGUCGAGGGCGCCAUGAAUGGCCGGGCGCUUGGAGAUGGCGAUGAUGAGGACAUUGACGCGAGGAGGGCGAAGAUGGAGGGGCGGGAUGGAGGCGAACAAAAAGAUCAAGCAGGUGUGGAGACCGAGCGAGCCUUCGAGGCCAUGCAGCAAGCUAUGGAGGAAGACAUGGACGAGGAGUUCGACUGA